AUGCGGGUGGAGAGAAGCUACUUCCGGCGCAACGUGGCGGUGAACUCACUGCCUCCCGGGGCACAGGCCAGCACGUACCUCACUCAAGGCGGUGCCAUCGCUGCGAAUAUGUUCAUGGACGCUACAGUGCCUUAUGACAUCAUCGACUGCACGUUCGUCGAGAACCAGGGCGGGCAAGGCGGGGCUCUGUAUGUGGACACGGGGCAUCUGCAAGUGCUCAACUGCGUCUUCCUGCGCAACGGAGACCACUCCGAAUGCUCCCUGGGUGGCGCUAUGACAUCUCGUGCGAGAACGGUCAUAGACAACUGCACUUUUGUGGACAAUAAAGCACAAGACCAGGGCGGAGCGCUGCACUUCCUGCCGUACGACACCCUCAAUGUCUCUCGCUCGCGCUUCCAAGGAAACUCUGUGCUGAAGCAGAAUGGCGGGGCUAUUCACGUGCUCGGGGUGAGUUGA